AUGUACGAGGCGCAAUUCUUCGGAUUCACGCCGCAGACGUGCGUUCUCCGGGUGUGUAAUGCGUUUCAGGACUGCCUGUACGACAUUCUCCCGGUGGUGGAGAAAGUGUGUGUCCGACAGCUGAGCAAUGGGGUGUCUGCCGAGGCCGACGAGCUGAGGAUAGCGGCCCGGGAGUGCAGCCGGAGAUUACAGCAGGCCCUGGAAGAGCGCUUCAUGCGGCUGUCGGAGCGGAUGACCCCGCUGUUGCUGAAACGAUGUCUCACUGUACCUCCACAUGUCCUCCUGCCCGAGGACCAGUCCCACAAGGACUACCCCCAGGCCGUCCAGGAGGCCGUGAGGUUAGAGUCGUCAAUCUCAGAGCUGCAGAGUGCUUUUGAAGCGGAGGUGUGUGCCAGGCAGAUGUUGUUGGCAGAGCUGGAGGAGCAGGAGGAGGUUCAGAAACACCUUGAUGAGAUUACAGCGUGGGUCCGAGAGCUGCAGUUUUCCUGGGUGAAAGAAGGUAACAGCAGCUUUCACGACAGUUUCCGAGUUGUGAUGGAGUCAAUUAAAAAACUGCAGAAAGCUGUCCUGGAAGUUUAUAACAAAGCACCUCAAACUGACUGA